AUGUUGAUGCUGGCAGCUGCUUGCGUGGUGGUCAUUGGGGUGAGGCUUGGCCUGCCGGGUCCGUGGGGCGUCCCGUUCGUGUACAACUGGCUCGACGGCCUUGCCAACCAGGGCCGCAUUUACGACUGGUUCGUCGACAAUACUGACAAGUACGGAGGGGUGUGGGCCGUGACGGGGCCGGGCAAGCCCUGGAUCGUGGCCGUCAACGAUCCCGAGUCCGUCGACCACAUCCUGCGCACCAACUUUGAGAACUACGUCAAGAGCGAUCGCAUCAUCGACAUUCUGCACGAUUUCCUGGGCGAUGGAAUAUUCAACACCAACGGGCGGAACUGGAAGCAGCAGCGGCAGACGGCCAGUCACCUGUUCAAGGUGCGGGAGCUGAGGCACAUGGCCGAGAUCUUCCUCUCGCACGGCCGCCAGGUGGUCGACAUCCUCCAGGUGGCCGCCACCGGUGACAAGCAACCGCAAGUCGACAUGCAGGAACUGUUCGCCCGCUUCACCCUCGACUCCAUCGCAGAGAUUGCGUUUGGCAAGAAGAUUGGAUCGCUGGAGAGGCCGGUGUCGUUCUCAGUCGCCUUCAACACGGCCCAGCUCGUCAGCGACUCCCGGUUCCAGAAGUUCUGGUGGAAGCGAAUGCCGUGGAUCAAAAGCGAGAGGGACAUGAGCGCGGCGGUGAAGGUGAUGGACGAGUUCGCCUACGGCAUCAUCAAGGAAAGGCGGCAGGACCCCGACAUCGGCGACAAAACCGGUAAACCCAAAGAUCAUAACAAGCUGCAUAAUCUGCUGUCGCGCUAUAUCGAGAUGACGGACGACAACGGGGAACCGUUCACGGACACCUAUCUGCGCGACAUCGUAAAGUGGCCAUUUGCAUUGCGAGGACAGUGGUGCUUUUACCUGCUAUCGCUGCAUCCCGAAGCCAAGGCCAAGCUGGUGGCGGAGAUCGACACGGUGCUCGGCGGCAAGGAGCCGGCGUUCGACAACGUGGACGACCUGCCCUUCCUUCACGCCGUCGUCAACGAGACCCUCAGACUGUACCCGCCCGUGCCGGUGAACUCCAAGGCCGCAGUCAACGACGACGUGCUCCCCAACGGCGCCUUCAUUCGCGCAGGGAUGCAGAUCAACUACUCGCCGUGGGUGCUCAACCGGCUCCCGCAGUACUGGGACCGGCCGAACGACUUCCGGCCCGAGCGGUGGAUCGACGGCGAAUCGGCCAACGGCGGCCUGCCCGUGCCCAAGAACAACGCCCUCCCCUUCAUCCCCUUCAACUUCGGGCCCCGCACCUGCCUCGGCAUGAAGAUGGCGUACCUGGAGAUCAAGAUCAUGGCGGUGCUGCUGCUGCAGAAGGUCGACCUGGUGCUUGCGCCCGACCAGGAGGUGCACUACCGGUCGGCCAUCACCCUGUCGGCCAAGAACGGCAUCCGCAUGGUGCCCCAGCCUCGCCCAUGA